CUGUUGUUUCACUUCCCUCUUUAAAGCUAGCUUUGCAUGAGUUUGGUUAUGGACACAAGCCAGUUUAAACCCGAACUGCAUAUAGCACAACAAAGCCGACGAGAUAAGUUGAGGGUUCACCAUUUGGAGGAUUUCCACAACAGUUUGGAGCAAGGUUCCUCGGUCCAUUCGGGGCUGAACCCAAAUCUUGUUCAAGUUCGUAACGAUAGAAAUGCUAAUUUGCUUUACGAACCAACUGUUGUUUCUUCAGGUAUCAUCCAUGUUCAUCCAUGUUCUAAAAUCUCUGGUGGCCUACAAAGUUGUGGCGAUCCGAUGGUGGGUUAUGCAAGUGGAUUAGCCGGUAGAGAAAACGAUCAUCACCCUAUGUUUGUUGGGGAAGUGUUGUCAAAUAGUGCGAGGGUUGUUGGGGAAGUGUUGUCAAAUAGUGCGAGGGAAAGCAACAUAUGUGCAAAUAUGCAGUAUCCCGGGACUGAGUUUUGUAGCCAUGAUAGCAAAAGGCAUUGUGAGGAAUUGCAGUUUGUUUCAUCUUCACUUUAUGACGUUACUACACCAUCUGUGGAUACUCAGGGACCGGAAAUGGCUUCUGUAGGACAUCAAGCAAGUGCUUUGCAUUUUGAUAACGCUGGUGCUUGGGCUAAUAGGUCCCUUUUAGAGCAUUGCCCACAGUGGGGUGAUGCCACUAAUACUACCCAAGGGCUAUCUCUAACUCUUUCGUCGAACCCCGAAUCAAAAAUUUGUGGUUCGGCUCAAUUCACAGAGGAUCAGUCUGGUUCUCGUGCCUUAAAUUCGUUUCCGAAGCCGUCUGCAAUCAGUAAAGGUAGCGGAAUUUCAACUUAUGUUCACCCCCUAGGUCCAUUCACCGGAUAUGCAACAAUUCUUAAGAAUUCAAGGUUUCUUAAACCGGCACAAGAACUGUUAGAUCAAUACUGCCACAUGACCAAUUCAAAGCUUGGUAAAGUUUGUGUGACAUCGGAGGGUGUCUCUGAUGGCGUAGGCGAUUCAGCCUCGGCUUAUGCUGCCAAUGCAAUUGAUAUGGAAGAUGGAGCUAUUAAGGAAAAUAUCUCCGGUCUAUGCAGCUCUAAUGAAAUUAGUAAUGCUGAUGUUGGCAUUGGGAGCGGCUCUUGUUGGCCUGACUAUCAACACAAGAAGGCAAAGCUUUUAUAUCUGCAGCAGGAGGUUUGCAGACGAUACAAGCUAUACUAUCAGCAGAUCCAAAUGGUGGUUUCUUCUUUCGAAUCCGUAGCUGGUCUUAGUGCUGCCACUCCCUAUGUUUCCUUGGUUCUUAAGACCGUAGAAAGGAACUUUUGGUGCCUAGGGAACACUAUCUCGGACCGUUUCAGGCACUUAUCUAGAGCCCCGGGGGAGGAUUUAUUGUCCCCAACUACUGGUGCUAGCACUAGCAAAGGUGAUAUAAAUUUAUCCAGGCUGAAGUAUGGGGUUCAGAAAUCUAGUGGGGUUAACCUGGGCUUCCAUGAACCCCAACAACAAGGCUGGAGGCCCCAGAGAGGCCUACCGGAAUGUGCGGUGGCAAUCCUUAGAGCUUGGCUGUUUGAACAUUUUCUCCAUCCGUACCCCACAGACACGGAUAAGCACAUGUUGGCCACUCAAACCGGUCUUUCUCGAAACCAGGUUUCUAACUGGUUCAUAAAUGCACGAGUUCGUAUCUGGAAACCGAUGGUCGAAGAAAUACACAUGCUUGAGAGCAAAGGAUUGGCAGAAUGCAUCCAGAGCUCUAGCAAAACCGAAGCAAAAUCUACUAGAACCAUUCGACCCAACGAAGACUUAUCCAUCAACAGCUCAUGUAUAAACGCAAUGUCCGACAAACAAUUGGCUUGCUCGGAUAUGGCUUCUGUUGGGAUAACGGGAGAUGCGCAUGAUGUUGAACGCUGGUAUCACGAGAAUGAGAAAUUUUCAAGUAUAGAUUUUCAUAUCCCAACAAGCAUGGAUGGUGCGAUGAUGAGUUUUGCACCAUACGAGCAAAGUAGGCUGUAGAUGGGGGGGCUUGGAGCUGUGUCACUUACCUUGGGACUCAGACAUGGGGUAGAAAGUGCACAAGUACUCCAACAGCAAGAGCAGCAAUAUCAACAGCACGAGGACCAGCUUCGGCAGCAAUUCGGCGGCCAAAUGAUUCACGACUUUGUCGGUUGAGCUUAUGUCGAUCUUACUGAAGAUGAAAUGAGUGGAGCGGUGGCAGCUUAGCCUAGCUAUUCCUCGCAAUAAAAUUUGAAAAUGUGGUGAAACUGGUGAUACACGGUUGCAGGCCAGCCUGAACGUAUUUGUUAGUGAUACUAAUACAGAGUUGAAUGAAAGAGGUGACAAAAUGCAAUGAUUGAUACUUGGUAGUAAGAAAUCAUGUUGAUUUUGUAAUGAUGCUUUAAUAAGUUGUUUGUGGCACUCCAUUUGUAAUGCAGUUGUGGGAA